ACUGCAGCAGUGUCCCCCUCCCCCCACCCCUGUCCACGGAGGAGCCCACCUGUCCCUGAGAGCUGGUACUAUGAAAGGGUAAGCUCACUGGGCAGAGCCACGCCUGGAGCCAGCAGAUCCCAGCCAGAUCCCCGUCGAGGGACCCACACCAGCUGUUGCCUCCUCUGAGACCAUCUCUGCCACCCAGGCCACAGGUGCCCGCUUCCUCCCUGCCUCCCCUCAGCAUGGCCAACUACUACGAGGUGCUGGGGGUGCAGCCGAGCGCCUCCCCGGAGGCCAUCAAGAAAGCCUACCGCAAGCUGGCCCUGCGCUGGCACCCAGACAAGAACCCCGAAAACAAGGAGGAGGCUGAGAAGAAGUUCAAGCAGGUGUCUGAGGCCUACGAGGUCCUGUCCGACUCCAAGAAGCGCUCCGUGUAUGACCACGCGGGCUGCGACAGCUGGCGGGCCAGCGGUGGGGCCAGCACCCCCUACAACAGCCCCUUCGACACCGGCUAUACCUUCCGUAACCCUGAAGACAUCUUCCGCGAGUUCUUCGGUGGCCUGGACCCCUUCUCGUUCGACUUCUGGGACGCUCCCUUCCACAGCGACCACAUGGGCUGGGGCCACGGCCUGAGGGGGGCCUUCCCAGCUGGCUUCGGCGAGUUCCCGGCCUUCAUGGAAGCCUUCUCGUCCUUUGACACCCUGAGCCGGGGGGGCGGCGCCAGCCGCACCUCCUUCUCAUCCACCUCCUUCGGGGGCUCCAGUGGCUCGGGGUUCAAGUCGGUGAUGUCGUCCACUGAGGUGGUCAACGGACACAAGGUCACGACCAAGCGCAUCGUGGAGAACGGGCAGGAACGCGUGGAGGUGGAGGAGGACGGGCAGCUCAAGUCGGUGACCAUCAAUGGCAAGGAGCAGCUCAAGCACGUGGACAACAAGUGAGCGCCUGGCCGCCCAUUCCACACGGCUGCCACUCGGGCUGCAAGCACGGCUGAUGCUUAAUAAACGUGCCAAGUGAGUUCAUGGAAA